GCUCCAAUUUCUAAACCUCCCUCUUCAUCGCCCAACAAGUGUAGAGACGGUCUUAAUGGCAGGAGUCUCUCUCCACGUCACCUCCCUCUACUCCUCUUCUCCUCCCAUGGACCCCACCUCCAUCCACCAACCCCCGCCAUGACCCACACCUUGGACAUUCCUCUGCCCGCCGCCGCCGCAGCUACCGCCGGUGACAAGGCCUCCGCCCUCCCCGUCUCCAUCCCUCCCCUGCGCCCACCUCCCUACCGCCGUGCCCUCCCCUCCUACCUAUCUGGCCGCCACUCCUCCUCGAAGUGCGGCCGCGGCCGGUGUCUCUGCUCCGCCCUCCUUGCCGUCCUCCUCUUCGUCGUCGUCUUCCUCCUCCUCCUGGGUAUCUGCUUCGAUCCUCGGGCACCGGCCUUCUUCGUCGAGCACCUCGAGCUCCGCCGCGUCGCCGCCAACUCCGCCGACCUCGGCCUCGCCCUGCUCCUUGUAAACCCCAGCAGCAGGGUGCUCCUCAGGUACAGCCACGGCGGCUCCGUGGCGGUGAGCUUCCGGGGGGGCAGGCUUGGCUCCGGCGACCUGCCGGCCUUCCUCCAGCGGCCGCGCAACGCGACGAAGAUCGCAGUGGCGGUGCGCGGGCGGGGCGCCAGAGCAGCCGCGGCGGCGGUCGUGAGCGGGAAGAAGGGGAAGGGUGACGUCGCUCUAAGGAUCCACGUGCGGGCCCCGGUCCAGUUCGGCCUGGGCCGCUUGGAUUUGGUGAAGGCGACGGUGGUCGUCGACUACACCGUGGUCGUCCACGGGUUCAUUCCCGGCAAAGAAGUCGACAUAAAGUCAACGGAACACACAAGAAAAAUAGAAUUUUAGAUUCGAGUUUUCUUCAUAUAGCAUAAAGUCAAAAUGAUUUUUGUGUUUUUUUUAGGGUUUGCAAAUUCAAUUGGAGAUGCAUCUUUGUAAUAUGUGUGAAGGAGUACAGCGAUCAUGACAUCGGAGCGUCUCCAUCAAUUGUGAUUGAAAUCAUGACAUCUUUGGAGCUGCAUCUGAAUUGUGAUUGUCCAGUUUUCCCUGCACGAGUUUUGGAUCUAGCUUAUCAAACAAGAUUUUAAAAAAAGAGCUUUAAGAAAGAAUUUGUUGUCACAACAUAGAUAUUUAACUUCAUCAAACCAUCCAGCAUUUGUUAUCCAACAUCAUAACUCAAUCUUAACGACAAGCAGGUUAGUACAUAUCGAGAUUAGCAGGCAUGUGUGCAAGUUCACA